AUGAUGUCAAAUCUUAUGUUCAAUGUCAACACUAAGGAUUGCUUUAUUUUCCAUUUAGAAAAGAAGAUGAUUUUCAGUCUCCUUUAUCUGCUUGCCUUUCUGAUCGGAGUAACUGUUUCUCGCCCGUCUAAAGUGCAGAAAGAUGGUUUAACAGCAAAUCCCGACGAUGAAAUCUUCAUAAUGAGAAAGUCUGAUCUUCGAAGCGACUGGUGCAAAACACGCCCCCUAAAACAGACAAUCAAAGUUCCCGGAUGUCUGCCAGUCCAGGUGAUGAACAACUUUUGUUAUGGCCAGUGUAAUUCGCUUUACAUCCCAAACCAUGCUUCAGAACAGCCUCUGUUCGAGUCUUGCACUACUUGUGUGCCCCAGCGAUCUUUCACGAAGACUGUAACUCUUCGCUGCCCCUCACUUCCUGUCAAGUUUCGAAAGCACAGGUAUCUUCAUAGCAAGAAGUGUAGGUGCACAUCGGUCAAGUGA